AUGGCCAGGACAAACGUGGACGAGAUAAAGGAUAUGCGGCUGAUUACUGCCAUCAAAACUCCAUACCUUCCCGAUGGCCGCUUCGACUUUGAGGCAUACGACGCGCUCGUCAUCAUGCAGAUCGAGGGCGGGGCCGAAGGGGUGAUCGUUGGCGGGACCACAGAUGAGAGGCAUCUCAUGUCGCUGGAAGAGCACAUCGUGCUCAUCGCCCACACGGUCAACUGCUUUGGUGGUUGUAUUAAGGUCGUAGGUAACACCGGCAGCAGCUACUCCAUUGAUGCCAUCCACGCCACCGAACAAGGCUUCGCCGUCGGCAUGCACGCCGCCCUUCACAUCAACCCCUACUACCGCAAAACGUCCCUCGACGACAUGACACUCCAUCUCGAGAGUGUCCUCCACAUGGGCCCCACCAUUGUACAAAAUGUCCGCUCCCGCAAGGGUCCGGAUAUUUCCUUAAGCGUCAUUCGGGCAUUGGCCCAAAGCCCGAACCUUGCGGGUGUGAUGGAGUGUUUUGGACAUGCACGGGUCGAGGAGCACGUGGCUAGCGGGCUUGUGGUGUGGAGUGGGAAAGACAACGAGUGCCACGACUCGAGGUGGGAUCAUGGGGGCAGAGGGGUAAUCUCGGUCGUGAGCAAUUUGAUUCCGGGGUUGAUGAGGGAGAUGAUGUUUGGGAGGAGGAAUCCGGAGUUGAAUGCGAGGAUUUUUCCUUUGGUGAAGUGGCUGUUUGAGGAGUCGCACUCGGACUCGAUAGGGCUGAACACGGCCAUGGCCCAGCUUGGGGUCGUGAGGCCGGUUUUCCAGUACUAUCCGCGCGAUCUGGACAAGAGGGUGAAGUUUGUGAAGAUUGUCGAGGUGCUCGGGAGGGAGAAUUUCAUCGGGGACAAGGAGGUUCGAGUUCUGGACGACGAUGAUUUUGUGUUGAUUGACUGA